AUGGCAACCAGGCAUGAUGGCACCAAAGCCACCACGAAAAAGGCUGUUUGGUGGGACGGAGGAAUUCACGCUCGAGAAUGGAUCAGCCCAGCAACGGUCAUCUAUAUUGCCUAUGCUCUUCUAUCAAAGUAUGGCCAAGAUCCAACCAUUACGCAUUUAGUUGAUCAAUUUGAUUAUUAUAUUUUGCCUGUAUUUAAUGUUGAUGGCUAUGCAUAUACAUGGACAAAAGAUCGAUUAUGGCGCAAGACUCGCAGCAAAACAUCGGUUCCACUCUGUUAUGGUGCUGAUCCGAAUCGUAAUUGGGAUUAUCAUUGGUGUGAAAGCGGCGCUUCGCAUGAUCCGUGUUCAGACACUUUCUGUGGUGAAAAAGCAUUUUCCGAAAUUGAAACAGCUCAAGUAGCUAAAUUCAUCGCUGAUCACCAGGAUACGAUUGUGCACUAUAUCAAUUUUCAUUCGUACUCACAAUUGUGGAUGUCACCAUGGGCGUAUACAACCAUGAAACCGUCACAAUUCAAAAUACAAGAUGAUGGAUCUAUCCAAGCUAUUAACGCACUCGCUGCUGUACAUGGUACCCAGUAUCAGCAUGGCAAUAUUGCUCAAACUAUCUAUGUUGCAUCUGGUAGUACGGUCGAUUGGAUCUAUGGCACAGCCAAUGUGAUAUUUAGCUAUGGUGUCGAACUUCGUGAUACUGGUAAAUAUGGAUUUUUGCUUCCCGAAGACCAAAUCAUUCCAAGUGGUGAAGAAACAUUAGCUGGCCUACUAGCCUUACUUCAGUACGUCGAAAAACAGGUCUACGCUUGA